AUGUGGGACUCAUGGGGUGAAAGGCUCUUUUUGAAAUUCAGAAAGAAUUUUUCUGGUGGAGGAGACAUAGAAUUCGGAGAGAAGAGGACUCCUCAGGAGGGACGGCUGCCAAUUGCCAUAAAAACACAGGCUGGUGUUUUGGAAGGGGGGAGAAGUUUUCAAAGCAGGGACUUUCAGCACGCAUCGAAAAGAGGAGGAAAGAAGGAAGCAGAAAGAGGAGGAGUUCAUCUGGGCCAUCAGAUAGAUUCAGAGGCCGCCAUCGUUUCUGGGAGUUCUCAAGCACUUGUGAAUACCGCAGGAAGUGGUCCAAUUGACAGAUGCAUUUUUCUAGAUCAUAACGCUUGCUUCAGAAUGGCAAUUAGGCAGGAUAAGCUCAGCAGCAUAGUCCAAUGGCUUUCCAGUCAGUAUGCAGUAGCAACAUGGUCUCGGGUUUCAAAUCCAGUUGGGUUCAAGAUUGAUGCACAGGCAGCACACCAUCUUCGUGUGCUAUUUUGCACUUCCGAUACAGGUUUUUGGGGAUGCGAUUACUAUGGUGUCACAGCUUAUCCCAAAACAGAGUCUUGGAAGAAGGGUAGUGAUUGCUGCUCAUGGGAUGGAGUGACAUGUGAUAAGGUGACAGGCCAUGUAAUUGGGCUGGACCUUAGUUGUAGCUGGCUCUAUGGCACCAUCCAUUCCAAUAGUACCCUCUUCCUCUUUCCUCACCUGCGAAGGCUCAACCUUGCUUUUAAUGACUUCAAUGGGUCCUCUAUUUCGGAUGGGUUUGGCCGGUUCUCAACCUUGACGCAUCUCAACCUCUCCUCCUCUGAAUUUUCUGGAAAAAUUGCACCAGAAAUCUCCCACCUCUCCACAUUGGUCUCACUGGAUUUGUCUAGGAAUUAUGGAGCAAAAUUUUCCUCGCAUGGCUUCAAUUCUCUGGUUCAAAAUUUAACCAAGUUGCAGAAGCUUCACCUUGGAGGUAUUUCCAUCUCUUCAGUUUUUCCUGAUUCCUUGCUAAAUCAGUCUUCUUUAAUAUCAUUAGAUCUCUCUUUGUGUGGAUUACAUGGGAGAUUCCCUGACCAUGGCAUUCAUCUUCCAAAACUCGAGGUUCUCGACUUAUGGGGAAAUGGUGAUCUAAGUGGAAACUUCCCACGAUUCAGUGAGAACAAUUCCCUUAUGGAGUUGGAUUUAUCAAACACAAAUUUCAGUGGAGAGCUUCCAGCUUCAAUGGGCAAUCUAAAGUUUUUACAGACUUUGGAUCUCCACAAUUGCAAAUUGUCAAGGUCCAUCCCUACUUCAAUUGGCAAUCUAAAGUCUUUACAGACUUUGGAUCUCACCUUUUGUGAGUUCUCAGGGUCCAUCCCUGCUUCAUUAGAGAACCUUACACAAAUCACUUCUUUGUACCUCAAUGGGAAUCAUUUUAGUGGUAAUAUUCCAAAUGUUUUUAAUAACCUUAGAAAUUUAAUUUCAUUAGUCCUUUCUAGUAACAAUUUCAGUGGUCAGCUUCCACCAUCAAUUGGAAAUCUUACCAACCUUAAGUACUUAGACAUCUCUAAUAAUCAGCUAGAAGGUGUCAUUUUUUCUCAUGUAAAUGGGUUUUCAAGUCUAUCAUUUGUCAAUUUAGGGUAUAACUUGUUCAACGGGACAAUACCAUCUUGGUUGUACACUCUACCAUCAUUAGUUUCUUUAAGUCUCAGUCAUAAUAAACUUACUGGUCAUAUUGGUGAAAUCCAAAUUGCUUCAUUGGAGGCAAUUAAUUUAAGUAUGAAUCAGUUAUAUGGGUCAAUUCCAAGUUCAAUAUUUAAGCUUAUAAACCUUAGAUCUCUUUAUCUUUCUUCAAAUAACUUGAGUGGCAUUUUGGAGACAAGCACAUUUGUAAAACUUAGAAAUCUUGCUUGGCUUGAUCUUUCAAACAACAUGCUCUCCUUGACCACCUCUAGUAGUUCCAACUCCAUUUUACCCAACAUUGUGGGUCUAGACCUUUCAAACAAUAAGAUAAGUGGAAAAUGGACAUGGAAUAUGGGAAAAGAUACAUUGAAAUCCUUGAAUCUCUCCUAUAACUUGAUAAGUGGGUUUGAGUUGCUUCCAUGGAAAAAUAUACAAAUUCUGGAUCUUCAUUCCAACUUGCUGCAAGGACCACUUCCAACUCCCCCAUAUUCUACAUUUUUCUUUGCAGUCUCCAAUAACAAAUUGAGUGGAGAAAUCUCACCAUCGAUUUGCAAAGUGCAUUCCAUCGGAAUUCUUGAUUUAUCUAAUAACAAUUUGAGUGGCAGACUUCCACAUUGUUUGGGGAAUUUUAGCAAAGAUCUUUCUGUUUUGAAUUUACAAGGGAAUCGAUUUCAUGGCACUAUUCCUCAAACAUUUUUGAAGGGCAAUGUUAUCAGGAAUCUUGACUUCAAUGGUAAUCAAUUGGAAGGCCUAGUACCCAGAUCUUUGAUCAUUUGUAGAGAACUUGAAGUUCUAGACCUUGGAAAUAACAAGAUAAAUGAUACAUUUCCCCAUUGGUUGGAAACUCUUCCAAAGUUGCAAGUUCUUGUUUUGCGCUCUAAUAGUUUCCAUGGUCAUAUAGGGUUUUCCAAAAUCAAAUCCCCAUUCAUGAGCCUAAGAAUCAUUGAUCUUGCUCGCAAUGAUUUCGAGGGUGACUUGCCUGAAAUGUAUUUGAGAAGUUUGAAAGCAAUAAUGAAUGUAGAUGAAGGCAAGAUGACAAGAAAAUAUAUGGGGGACCAUUAUUAUCAAGAUUCCAUAAUGGUGACAAUCAAGGGGUUGGAGAUUGAACUUGUGAAAAUCUUGAAUACUUUCACAACAAUUGAUUUAUCAAGCAAUAAAUUCCAAGGAGAGAUUCCAGAGUCUAUUGGAAAUCUUAAUUCACUUCGAGAGCUCAAUUUGUCUCACAACAACCUUGUUGGACAUAUCCCAUCAUCUUUUGGGAAUUUGAAGUUGCUUGAAUCAUUGGACCUCUCUUCAAACAAGCUCAUUGGGAGAAUUCCUCAAGAAUUGACAAGUUUAACAUUUCUUGAAGUUUUGAAUCUUUCUCAAAACCAUCUCACUGGAUUUAUACCUCGAGGAAAUCAGUUUGAGACAUUUGGAAAUGAUUCAUACAACGGGAACUCAGGGCUAUGUGGAUUUCCAUUGUCGAAGAAAUGUACAACUAAUGAAACACCAGAACCUUCAAAAGAAGCGGAUGCAGAGUUUGAAAGUGGAUUUGAUUGGAAAAUCACAUUGAUGGGAUAUGGAUGUGGAUUGGUAAUCGGGUUGUCUCUUGGGUGUUUCAUUUUCUUAACUGGGAAACCUGAAUGGUUUGUCCGUAUUAUUGAAGAGAAUUUGCACAAUAAGAGUAGAAGGUCUAAAAGGAGCACUCGUAGGCGAAGAGCAAGAAGAAACUAA